UCUUUUGACAAUAAUUGUAAGAAGUAAAUACUAUUAUAUAUACGGUAUAAGCUGGAACGUUUUGGCCAAGUUAAGGAAAUCAAGAAGAAAGGAGAAAGAUGGAGCUAAAAGAAUUCUUUCACAUGAAUGAUGGUGAUGGAAAGCUUAGCUAUUCUCAGAAUUCGUCUGUCCAGAAGGAGGCGUGGUUGAUGAAUCAAUAUAUAUUGGAGAAUGCAAUUCAAUCUAUACUCUCGGAUGAAGAAAACCUAGUGGAAGGCCUUAACAUAGCUGAUUUGGGGUGUGGAGUUGGCCCCGUUCCAUUGGCUUUCGUAACGUUAGUUAUAGAAAUUGUGCGAAAAAAGUACAAGGAAUUGAAGUGCAAUAAUGAGGGUCCAGUGCCUAGAAUUCAGAUCUACAUGAAUGAUCUUCCCUCAAAUGAUUUUAACUUGUUGUUUAGAGAUAUACUGAAUUUGGAGGUCUUCAAAAGAAAAGAAGGUGGUGUGCCUUUGUUCCUCUUGAUGGGAGCUCCAGGUUCCUAUUAUGAGAGACUUUUUCCUAGCAACAGUUUGCAUUUUGUUCAUGCAAGUUAUACCCUCCAUUGGUUUUCCCAGCCUCCAAAAGCACUCAACAGUGAGCAAGGUGCAGUACCAAUAAACAAGGGAAACGUGUAUAUAUCUGAAACAAGUUCUGAGGUUGUAGCAAAGGCUUAUAUGACGCAGUUCGAACAAGACUUCACAAACUUCUUGAAUUGUCGUUGUCAAGAAGUUGUAUCUAAAGGUCGUAUGCUUUUGACAUUUCGAGGUCGUCCAUCUUUAACUAAUCCAUUGAUUUGGCAACCAUGGGAGCUUAUAAUUUUCACUAAGGCCCUUACUUGUCUUGUUUCUGAGGGUUUGAUCGAGGAAGAGAAGGUAGACACUUUUAAUUUCCCUUACUAUUGUGCCUCCAAAGAGGAACUUGAAAGCAUUGUAAAGAAGCAAGGAUCAUUUGCGAUUAAAAAUACAAAGACAAUGGCACAUCAUGUGGCUCAUGAAAUUGAAGAUAAAUGGACAAGAUCCAAAAUCAUAUCCAAAUUCAUUAGAGCUUUCUCUGAAUCUUUAAUUUUGCGUCACUUUGGAAAAGGCGUAUUGGAUCUUUUGUAUGAUAAACUCGCCCAUUAUGCAUUUCAGCAUUUGAAUUAUGGUCGAUCAGCGGAGCACUAUACUGUUGCCAUUUCACUUAUAAAAAAACAGUACAUAUGCAAAUUUUAAGUGUGAUUAACAUAGUUAUAAUAUGUAGAAACAAUGAAAACAGGACACCUUUAAAACGAGGGUCCUUAAUUCAAUGUCUAUUUAGAAUAACUGAUAGGUUAUUAUCUACUCCUCUCCUUUUUUUUUUUGUUAUUCCUGUAUUUUUCAUUGGGAAAUUUCAAUUUGUUAUUCCUAUUUGAAUCUUUUCGUUAAUAAAGGACACUAUAAAUGUGCUCACACAAUUCAAUUACCAUCUUUUACUCUUUUACCCCUCAAAUUUUUGUAUUAUUGGUUGCCUUAAAUAGAGACACUCAAAGGAAAAAAAUCUUUAUUUUUAAUUCAAUCGAAAUUUAUUCAAAAUAGUGAAUCUUG